AACACAACAACUCCAGAAUCCAAAAUCCUGCGUUUUCUACUUCUUUCCUUUCAAAAUGGAGCAAGAUUUCACAACUCCUCCAUCUUCCUCCAUUUACAUUGUAAUUCAGCACUCCAAAUUCAUUGGAAAUAAUUAAACACAAACUAUCUCUCAAAACCCUAAUUCCCUCUUUCAAUUUUCCCUCAGUUGGAUUAUGGGGCAGCCUCAAAGUGAGACUGAAGAUGGGAAAGUAGCAGAAGUUGAAGAUGCUCAACUCGAAAAUCCCGACAAUGGAGGAAAAGGUGCAGAACAAGUAGAACCUGAAGAACUUGUAGAAGCGGAUGUGGGUCCUGCUCCAGCUCCCCAACGUCGGCCCAAACGUCCUCUUCAGUUCGAACAAGCUUACCUCGAUUCUCUCCCUUGCGCCAACAUGUAUGAGAAGAGUUAUAUGCAUCGAGAUGUGGUCACCCAUGUUGCAGUAUCUUGCGCGGAUUUCUUCAUAACGGGAAGUUGUGACGGCCAUUUGAAGUUUUGGAAGAAGAAACCGAUUGGUGUUGAGUUUGCAAAGCAUUUUAGAUCACAUCUUGGGCCGAUCGAAGGACUAGCUGUCAGUGUUGAUGGUUUGCUUUGUUGUACAAUUUCCAAUGAUCAAUCUGUGAAGGUGUAUGAUGUGGUGAACUUCGACAUGAUGGUCAUGCUACGCUUACCAUAUAUUCCAGGUGCUGUUGAGUGGGUUUACAAACUAGGAGAUUUAAAAGCGAAGCUGGCGAUUAGUGACCGUGAUUCUUCAUUUGUGUAUAUAUAUGAUAUCCGAGCUGGUACCAAUGAACCCAUCAUUUCAAAAAAGAUACACCAAGGACCAGUAAAAGUAAUGAAGUACAACCCUGUGUUUGAUGCUGUGAUAUCUUCAGAUACUAGAGGAAUACUUGAGUAUUGGAAUCCCGUCACACUCAAGUUUCCUGAGAGUGGGAUUGAUUUUGAAAUGAGAGUUGAUACAAAUCUUUUUGAACUGUUGAAGUGCAAAACAACUGUCUCAUCUAUAGAGGUGAGUCCUGAUGGUACACAAUUUUCUGUCACAUCACCUGAUCGCAGAAUACGUGUAUUUUGGUACAGGACGGGGAAAUUGAGGCGAGUUUAUGAUGAAUCCCUUGAGGUUGCUCAAGAUCUACAACGAAGUGACGUCCCUAUGUACCAUCUAGAGACCAUUGAUUUCGGAAGACGAAUGGCUGUUGAAAAGCAAAUUGAGCAAACAGAGGAUGCACCUCAACCAAAUGCAGUCUUUGAUGAAAGCUCAAAUUUUCUUAUCUACGCUACACUCCUUGGUAUUAAAGUGGUAAAUUUACACACUAAUACAAUAGCACGCAUUCUUGGAAAGGUGGAAAGUAAUGACAGGUUCUUGAGAAUUGCGCUGUAUCAAGGUGACCGCAGUAGUAAGAGAGUUAGAAAGAUACCUGCAGCUGCUGCUAAUGUUAAUGAAAGCAAAGAGCCCUUAGUAGAUCCGACGUUGCUAUGUUGUGCAUUCAAAAAACAUAGAUUAUAUUUGUUUAGUCGAAGGGAGCCAGAGGAGCCUGAUGAUGCCAGCAAAGGGCGAGAUGUGUUUAAUGAAAAACCCCCGGCCGAUGAACUUUUGGCUGUCUCGGAAUUAGGAAAAACUGCAACAACGUCACUGCCAGACAACGUGAUCCUACACACCACUAUGGGAGACAUUCACAUGAAGCUCUAUCCAGAAGAAUGUCCGAAAACUGUGGAGAACUUCACCACACAUUGUCGAAAUGGAUAUUAUGAUAAUCUGAUUUUCCAUCGUGUCAUCAAAGGUUUCAUGGUGCAGACAGGAGAUCCACUUGGAGAUGGAACCGGUGGCCAAUCAAUUUGGGGAAGGGAAUUUGAGGAUGAAUUUCACAAGAGUUUGCGGCAUGACAGGCCCUUCACCGUUUCUAUGGCAAAUGCUGGCCCUUGUACUAAUGGUUCACAAUUUUUCAUAACCACGGUAGCCACACCAUGGCUUGAUAACAAACACACUGUGUUUGGUAGGGUCAUCAAAGGAAUGGAUGUUGUACAAGCCAUAGAGAAAGUGAAAACUGACAAAACUGACAAGCCAUACCAAGACGUCAAGAUUCUCAACGUAACCGUACCCAAAUCUUAGGAGACCAUGUGUAUUUGGAUGGAGGCUGUUAUUUGCUGCAAGUAGUCAGCACCAGGUAUGAUUGAGUGUCAUCCACCUUGAUAUCGUAGGAUGGUGUUAGCAUGUGGUUAUUUUAUUUUACUGUUUCAAAGGGUAGCAAAUUCUUACAACAGCAUAUGUGAUGAUAAUUUUGGAUAUAUCAUAGUCACAUAGCUUUUGGACCCGAUAAUUUCUGAAUGUGAAAAAAUGUUCAGUUUGUCGAUCGAUUUUUUCUUCUUUUUGUUUGUGGGGGGAAGGGGGGGUUGCUGCUGUUUUAUUUUGAUUGUGAACUAGCAUCAGUGUCCAGUUAUGAUCGCAGAGAUUAACAAACAAAGACGCUAACUACUUAAAUUUUAUAUAGACCGAGAAGAUUGUUUCUGCGUUGUUUGAAUAAGAUUAUCCCUAGUGAAGUUACACUUUUAUUGAAUGUCAUAAGCCUAUUUGUCUAUCCUUUAAUCUGUGUGUUUCUGAAAAUGUAACUUCAUUUUGAUUUUAGCCCCUUUUUAUUAUAUGUAUAUGUAUACAUCGGCGUUUGACGAUACUCGAGUUGAGGGGCUCUUUUCGAUUACGACUUCCUCGUGACGAGGGUAUUGGUCUCGACCUUCUUUCCCACCCUCCCUAGACCCUGCCUUGGGCGGGACUUAUCGACAUGACAACAACGACGACGAUGAUGAUGAUGAAUAUAUCGGUGGUUAUAUUUGCUAAAUGCCUUUAGACCAAAAUAAUGUGGCAAUUCCUGUGUGGUAAACUGUAAAGAAAAUGAGGAUUUGCAUUAGUGCUGAAAUUCAGGAAAAAAAGUGGUUACACAAAAUGUGAUGAGAGCAGCUGUUGGCAGCUGUGAGGUUGUUGGUGCUCCCAUUAUUUUUGCGUUGAUGAGUUAUUGUUGUUUGUUUUUUUGUACCUUAUCAGUUCAUGAACACAAUUAUGAACUGAUUUGAUUAUUUAUGGGAGGCACAAUACUGAAGCUACAACUUGUCCUCUUCCUCAUCAUCUUUAAAUCUUGUUCCUUUGCUCAACAUACACUGCUACAGAAUAGCAUCACCUACACAUUGUGUCUCUUCUCGUGUAAUGUAAUUGUUUAUGAUCCGAAAGACGGGAACACACUACAUGACUUCUAUGAAACAAAUUUACAUUUAUGUUCAUCUUGGACGGAUUAUCAUGUUUGAAGACGAGAAUUUGUGUUCUUAGCCGGAUACUCGUUUUCUGUGCAAUUUGAUGCUUCUUUCCUUCUCCUAGCGUGAUACUCUCGUUUUUCUAGUCGAUAACUUUGGAAUGUCGAAAACUUAUGACCGUUCUCCCCUUGCCUUUAUCUCGUGUAGGAUAUGUGAGUGUCAAUUACUUCGAACAUAAGAAAAGUAUGCGAGUGUCAACUAGUUUAGCUGGUAAAAUAUUGAGAUAGUAUGCGACUAAAAUCAAAAUAUCAUUGGUUUGGUGGCCCUUGUACAUCAUCAGUUCCAGUUCUAGCGUAUCAAUUUAUUGCUUGUUAUUCUAUUACUUGACACGUGGUUAGCAUUUCAAGGGUAGAAUGAGAGUUACGUGAGCUAGAGUAUUGUGAAGUACAUCCUCAAAAAGGUGUGACCUAGUUUUUUUUUUUUUUUUUUUUUUUAUUUGGUAAGAUAAGAGCUUUUUUUGUACGAGACUAAAAAAUCUAUAUAUACUAAUAAUUUUCAUUAUUGAAAUAUUUAAUCCACAUAUAAAACACAUCUUACGGUAAGAUAAUCUCAUAUUAGAAUUUAUCUACGAUAAAAGGCUUAAUCAGAGGAUCAUUUUUGAGUUGGGGACUCUUUGGCCGCAUCUUUCUUUAUGGGUAUGGGUUGUCUUUUUUCUUUUCUCCCCAGAGCCUAUAAGCGUGAUACACUGGGUAAUGAUAAUAAUGAUGAUGAUGAUGAAAAGGCUCAACCGAAACGGACCUUGCUUUUAACAACUGAAUCCCUUUAACUUGCCAAUUCUUGGGAUGGACAUGGGAUCCGAAUUCGGAAUCUUCCGAUUUUGAUCAAAAAUGAGAACUUUGUGCUUUUUCUUUGCUAAUAUUUUAGCUGAAGACAUGGAUUUAGGGUAAAUGAAGUUGAACUAAUUUCUUAUUUAGAAAAAAAAAAUAGAUUAGCAAUAGAAUAGAGAAUAUUACGUAAGUAUAUGCCUUCCUAUGUACGAAUUAGUUAGUCAUUAUCUCACAGUAUGGACUAAUCUCAAUCAUCAUCAUUCAUCAUCACUAAUGAAAAUCUUGUAUGCCAUAAAUGUUGUUGGGAAGGUCAUAGGAAUUGAUCAAUCUGGGGCUACAACGUUCUUAUUGCGAAACAUGACUCAAAAAAAUCUCUGGGUUAAUCACUCCCAUAUUUUAUAUUAUUUUGCUCAUC